AUGUGGGGCCCGGGCGGUGCUGCUGCUGGCAGCAGCAGCAGCAGCAGCAGAGGCGCUGGGGCAGCAGGCUCUGCCUCCCUGAAGCCCCAGCACUCAGCAGCAGCAGCAGCAGCAGCAGCAGCAGCAGGAACUCCAUCUUCCUUCUAUGUGGGGUCUGUGGCAGCUCCAGCUGCGUCCACAGCUGCAGCAGCAGCAGGAGCAGCAGCAGCAGCAGCAGCAGCAGGCGCCGCAGCAGCAGCGGGAGGAGCAGCAGCAGCAGCAGGCGGCGCCGGGAGCUCGUCGGCGCCCUCGAGCAGCUCCACCGCAGCAGCAGCAGCAGCAGCAGCAGCAGCAGCAGAACAAACAGUGCUUUACAAGCAGCAAAAAGCGCCAAUUGGAUUUCUUCUCAGCAAAACUCUGGACAUUUUAAAAAGCUGCAGCAGCAAAUAUUUGCACUUGAGAGAACUCGAAAGAAGGCUGCUGCAGCAGGGAUUCAGCGACCUCCACCACCUCAUGCUCCCCA